CCUGGCAAUUGUUUAUUUUCAAGAUGGCUGCGCGCAUAGGGUGGGGUAUAUUCUUCUCCCAAAAAGCGUUUUAUUUUCAGUGUAUUUGUGAUAAAUAUUGCAAUUUAAUAAAUUAAUAAUGAGUCUUAAAACAACAAGCCAGUCUGAGGACAGAAAGAAUGCAAGAUAUUUAGUUGGAAAACUGAAAAAUUUUGAUCCAAACUUGCAGGCCUACUUCAUGUUAUCGGCCUGUUGCUUAGAAAGACGUAGCGAGCCGAAGGAUUCGAUUGCCGUGGACCGUGAAAGCAUAGGCCUAGAGGAGCCUUGCAUGAAAUAUGAUACAAAAAGUGUAUUAUUUACGCCUCGAUCUGUGCCUGUUGUUGGUAGACAGACCUAUCCAAUGUGGAAAGGUGUGGUCUCUGGUUUGGGAUUCAAUCGAAAAUGGAAAAAUCCUAAAACAUUGCUGUUUUUACCGAUAGAGACACUUCCAGAUCGGGUGAAAGAGUUCAGAAUUGGAGAGAACUCUUUAUUGCAAUGGCUGUGUAACUUUUUGAAAAUAUUUUUCUCAGGGAUGGAUGUUAAAUUUGACAACAGCUAUGAUUUAGCCCAAGUGAAGUUCACAAAAAGAACACACAGUGUCACAGGUAAAGAGCAAAUUCUGGUUUCUGACUUGUAUUCUAGGCUCCACUCUUCUUUCAACAUUCCAAUGUCAACUUACAUUCUUGCCCUCACAUGGACAGAUCUUUACCCGAAAAAAGAGCUGAAUUUUGUGCUUGGUGAAGCAUCAUAUAGCUGUAGGUGUGCUGUAUUCGGAUUUGGACGGUAUGAGCCUAUGUCAUAUGUUAGUACACCAGAGGGUGACGAUGCUACAAAAGGUAUUACAAAAGAAAACCAGCUUGGUAUGGAUAGCCAGCUCUUGUGGAAACUUAUCAGGGUAGCAAGCCAUGAAACAUGUCAUCUCCUUGGAUUGAAUCAUUGUCUAUUCUUUGAAUGUUCAAUGAAUGAAAGCAAGUCAGUGAAGGAAGCUCUUAGCCAGCCUUUGUUCCUUUGUCCAGUCUGUCUACGUAAGCUUCACAAGAGCCUAGGAUUUGAUAUCCGCCAACGGUACUCUGAACUUAAAAAUUUCCUUCAGAACACAAAUAACUACUUUCAGAAUGACAAAUUCGAAAUAAGUAUAGCAUGGUUAGAUAAAUGCCUGGAGAAGCUUAAAAUCAAAUCUUGAGUAACUUUAACUAAUUAUAUUUCACUGUGGGUGCAGUUGAACUGUGAUUUGUAUUGGGCCUUCUCAAUCAAGAAGUUGAGGUUCAAAACCCACACUGCAUUUUUACAUGUGUUCUUGUUCAAGAUACUUAUCUCUCGCUCUACCACUGAGUAUCAAAAGACAGGCAUGCUGAAAUUUAAUUACCAUAUUUAUUUGAAUAAAAACACAUGGCAUUUGUUGUUGAAAAGUGUUUUUGAGGUGGUGUUUAUUUGGGGAGGCUUUCGUUUUUUUUGGGCGUAAAAUUGAUACAUAUAUACUCAAAUAAACGCCUGAUAAUUUCACUGUAAAUGUGGAAUUAUAACACAAUAACACAUGAUUAUCGUAAAACCAGGUUAGAAAAAAUGUAAUUCUACUGGAGUAGAACAAAUAUGUUGAAAAUGAUGUAGCUUCCAUUAGAUUUGUUUAUCCUCAUUUAGGGGUGGUGUUUAUUUGAGGUAGGCGUUUAUUGCAAUUGAGGCUUUAGAAGGGGCGUUUAUUUGAGGGAGGCGUUUAUUCAAAGCGGGGCGUUUGUUCAAAGAAGGGGCGUUUAUUCGAGGGAGGCGUUUAUUCAAAGCGGGGCGUUCAAAUAAAUGCGGUAUGUUGUGAUAUAGUGAGAGAUAAAAGAUUGGUAAUUUUAAUGAACAAAGUACUAAUGCAUGCAAGUAUUAGAAAUCUUAUUCAUAUGUUUUAUAUAAUAUUCAUAAUUGUAUUAAUCUUUAGAGUGCAAUCUAGGACGAUUUUAACGUUUUUAUCUUUUGAUUAGAAAAGAAUUUAAAAGUUUACCACUGAAAUCAUGAUUAACAAUUUGCAUUAAUCAGGCAUUCCACCAGAAACAAAAAUGCUGCAUUAAGAAGAGACAAAUAUGACAUCAGUCGCACAGUAUUUCUUUGUACAAAAGCCAUAAUCUGACACUAUUUCUUAUUACUUAUAGUAAUUUAGUUUGUUUUGAAACAGUAGACUUUACUUAUGUAAUAUGCGAAUUUGUGUAAACCAAUUUUAUUUGCAUAUGUGCUUGUUGGUGUAAUGUUUGUGAAUGAAGGUUUUCUACCUGAAAUAUGCCUUUUAAAAUGAAUUAUGGGAAAUUGCUUGUUUUUAAUAUUUUAUUAAAAUUAUAGUUUUAUUUACAGUGUAUUAUUUGUAUAAUAUUAUCAAAUAAAAUAUUAAAAUUUAUAUUAAUACUCUAUCAUUUUAAUUGCAUACUGUAAUGUUUUAAUACAUGGCUCACUUGACCUAUGCUUUGAUGUUUCUUUUGUCCUAAGUAUUACAGUACAGUACUAAAAAUAUACAACAAUGUUAUUCCAUUUUGGCAUUUUUAUAAAGUCGAUGAGUAUGUUAAUAUAUAUAUGGUUUUGUUUUUUCCUGUAUUUUACAUUUCCUGUAUUUGUGUAGCUUGUGCUUUUUUAGCUGUUGGAUACUAGCAAUUAUAAACAAUUAAAUGUCAAAAUAAGUAAAA